CCUUUACUCCCACAGACCAGUGAGAGCUCAACACUUCACCAGGACUCAGCAGGAAGAACCUUGUUUCCUUCCAAUCAGCUGGACUCCCAUUCAAGGUUUUUGCCUCUUUGGAAGUUGGUUUUCUUUUUUUCUUCUCGUCUAUUGGAAUCGCUGGUGAUGGCAGACAAAGGCUACGGUUACGAGGAGUGCGAGGCCACGGCCGACUGGCUGCUGGCGCGGACGGGCGUGCGACCCGCGGUGGGCAUCGUGUGCGGCUCGGGCCUCGGCGGCCUGGCCGACAUGCUGAAGGACCAGGUGGCCUUCAACUACGAGGACAUCCCCAACUUUCCACAGAGCACCGUGCACGGACACGCGGGCCGGCUGGUAUUCGGCACCUUGAAGGGCAGGUCGUGCGUUUGCAUGCAGGGGCGCUUCCACCUGUACGAGGGCUACCCGGUCCAGAAGAUCACGCUGCCCAUACGCAUCUUCAAGCUGCUCGGCGUGGACACGGUGAUGCUGACCAACGCGGCCGGAGGCCUCAACCGGGACUUCAAAGUUGGAGACAUCAUGGUCAUCAAAGACCACCUCAACCUGCCGGGCUUCGCUGGCGUCAAUCCGCUGUCCGGACCCAACGACGAGAGGUUCGGCGCGCGGUUCCCCUGCAUGUCGGACGCCUACGACGGAGCGCUGCGGCAGAUGGCCAUGCACGUGGGGCGGGAGCUCGGCUACGGAGACUUCCUGAAGGAAGGGGUGUACUGCGUGCUGGGCGGACCCUCCUUCGAGACCAUCGCAGAGUCCCGCAUGCUGCACAAACUGGGCGCCGACGCCGUCGGCAUGAGCACGGCCCACGAGGUGAUCGUCGCGCGCCACUGCGGCAUGCGCGUCCUCGCGCUCUCGUUGAUCACCAACCAGGCGGUGAUGGACUACGACAGCGAGGCCAAGGCCAACCACGAGGAGGUCCUGGAGACGGGCACCCGGCGGGCGGCGCAGCUGGAGCGGCUGGUGUCCACCAUGGUGACCAAGAUGGAGCUCAACAACAACAACAACAACUACGCCGGAGACGCUGACCGAGGGACGCUGGCGUGCCAAAGAAAACCCCAAUGAGUUUGUUAUCUAGAUGAGCUGUUGGAGAAAAUACACAAACGUUUUGUGACGUCUGGAAUUCCGCUACCCUUUUUUUUUGUACCAUUCUAAACGAGACGUAUUCGUUCUAACUUAAAACAUUUGAUCAGCUCUGUAAAUGUGGUCGUUUUAACUUAAAAAUGAGCAAACAAAUCUGCUGUAUAAUUCCUAAUAUUGUGAGAUGUGUACAUUAGUUGACUUAAGGUAUUUUACAGCGCUUGUUUUUUCAUAUUAAUGUUGUUACUAAAAUGUGUUAUUUAUUACGUCCAGCUUGUUUGGGGUGACGAGGGGAGCUUUUUAUAUCAUCACAAACAAAUUCAGCAAUAAACAGAAAUUGAGACAAA